AUGUUCGCCUGUGCAGCCUCGCCCUCCCUCCCCACCUCCCUGCACGUCACGGGCUCGGCGCGCACUUCUCACAGCCGCAGUCGACGCUGCGCGCCGAGUCGCAACCAUUGUAAUAGCUCAUCGGUGCGCGCGACUAUUUAUCCUCGUCAUGAGCCCUCUGAGCGGAGAGGCGGGACGAGAUCCUCCCAGCUGCUAGGUUUCCACAAGUCGGCGUGCUUGCAAGGCGGCGCGACUCGAAUCCCCUGCCAUCCUCCUGCCGUUGCAAGGCGAAACUCCCCAAAAAGACGAGCAUCUGGAGCCAUCCGCGCAGCCAUUGACGCGUUCGUCAUCGGCUUCCAAGGCAUGCUCUUAAAGCCCUUCUCCGACGGUCUCCUCGAGCCAGCAGCCGAGGCGCUCAGAACCACCUCCCUGCCCUUCUACGUCCUCGCCUCCUCCUCUUCCUCCUCCUCUCUCUCGCCUGCUGACGUCAGCGCGCUCCUGAAGCGCGAUGCGGGAGUGGAUAUUCCCGAGGACUCGCCGCGGAUCAUCACAGUGGCUGGAGAAGGGGAAGGGGAGGGCAAACUUGCUGCUCUACUCGCUGUGAACAGCAGGCCUCUAGCCCAUGACACAGCCAACACAAUGCAUUACAUCGACUCAGAUGUAGCCGCUCUCACCCUUGCAGCCAGCCAACCAGAGCUCGCCAGGUGGCAGCUGUACCAUGCACAGUGGAGUGAAGGCAAGGAGGAGAAACUUCAUCCGCGCAUCAGGCCAAUCACUCUCAAGGAUCUGGAUGAGCUGCUGCGGUGGGGGCUGCUCAUGGGGGUGAAUGACGGCUGCCAGGAGUAUGAGGAUGGCACGCCUGCCACCUGA